AAGGCUCAAGUCCUUCCUCGCACCUGAUCCCUCGCUUGCGUCUGCGGCUGGUGACUGGUGACUGGUGACUAGUGACUGGCGACUGGCCACCCGCCCUACAGCACCUCCUCCCGACUGGUCUUUGCUGAGGCGUGCGUGCGUGCGUGCUGCUGCUGCUGCUGCUGCUGCCCGCGCUCCGUCUAUCCCAUCUAAGUAAUUGUCCCAAGACCCAACAACCCACGACCUUGCUGUGAGCAUUAGAGAACGUCGACACUUUCUCAUCUUCCAUCUCUUCACUAUCUGGCUCCUCAACCCACCUCCUCUCCCCUCUUGUCAUCGCAGUCUGGAUCCGACAGCUUCGCGGCAAGCAUGUUGUGCAAGCCGCCACCCACACUGCUGCCGUUUUACCUUGCCUUCCUAGGCUAACCGUGCUUCGCCUCUCCACCGGACAUAUCGACAACCUACCGUUUCCCCUCCAUCCAAACGCACUCACUGUGGUAAUUCCAGGCCCAUUGGAGCAGGGCGUAAAAGAGGAGGAGAGAUUUCAUCAUGGAAGGGUUCUCGAGCUUCUUCGGCCAGCCUUAUCCGGGGUCGGAUCCACAAGAGACCUUGGACGGCUACACGCAGGAUGAAAGGAUGAGCGGCAUCGAUCCCACUGGCAUGGAAGCUUCAGCCAUGGGCCAGGCGCAGACUCUUCAGCAGAUCAUCAUUCAAAACAACGAUGAAUUGAUGCGCAGAAGAAACACGUUCCAGUCCCAGUACCGAGAAGGCUCGCACGAUCAUGGUCGCAGAGCCUCGAUGCUCGAGUUUUCUUCCGCCAUCGACAGUGACUUGGCCAAUUUCCAAUUCGAUCCGAAUCCUAACGAACCCAGUCUGGCUAUGGGCCCGUCCAAUAUCAUGUCAAUACCGAAAUCCCUUGAUCCACGAAGAGUCCGUUCAAGGGAGGACUUGUCCCUCAACACCCGUUUCUCUCAAAUGAAUGCCAGCUUUGAAAAUAUGCAGCCCGUCAACAACUUCUCUCCGGGAGUCGUGCCGAGCACGUCCGUCCCAGUCGAGCCAUCUACCGCUUACCUCCCCCCGAGCAUGGAUAUGGCAAUGGAUUUUGAGACCCUAGCGGCCAGCGCAAGCGCUCCAAACAUGCAAUCGGGACCAAUGCAAGAGGCUAUCUUCUCGGCCUCGCCAAUCGAACAAGCUUUCUCAAUCCCUUAUCAACCCGUCAACCAUGACCCAGGCGGCGGCUCGAUGAGUCCGCCUGGUCCCAAUCCAAUGGCAGCAAUGGCCCAGGGCAUGUCCUCCAUACACGAGCCUUUCCCGGGACCUUCUCAGCAACUCCGAAGGCAGACCCCCGUUGCCCCCCUUGCACCAGGCUCUCUAUCCACAAUGACCUCUCCAAUACAUAUACAGGAUUCUCCAAACAGAAGACGCUCUGUAGAUUUUCAUUCAGCAUUUUCCGUGAAAGAUGUUAAUGCCACCCUGAGGGCUAUGAACCCUCCUUCUCUGCCCCAUAUGCCGCCUGUACAAGGUGGGCCAAUGCAACAUCCCAAGUACGCCAAUGCAUAUUCUUCCAGCGGGUUCGAUAUGCUAGGGGUUCUGAUGCGAGUUGCGACAAGACCACGACCCGAGAUCAACAUUGGUCCCGUUGACUUAUCCUGCGCCUUUGUAGUUUGCGACAUCGAGAAGUUUGACCUGCCGAUCGUUUAUUGUUCGGAGAUGUUUGAGCGGCUGACAGGAUAUACGAGACAUGAAGUCCUCGGUCGAAAUUGCCGCUUCCUCCAGGCGCCCGACGGAAGAGUGCAGUCAGGAAUGAAGCGAAAGUACGUCGACGACAACUCGGUCCUCUAUCUCAAGAACCAAAUCACCAAAAGGCAGGAAGCACAAUUGAGUCUGAUUAAUUAUCGAAAAGGCGGUCAACCGUUCAUGAACCUCCUCACCAUGAUCCCGAUCCAGUUUGACUCCGAAGACUACAAGUUUUAUGUUGGCUUCCAGGUCGACCUUGUCGAGCAGCCAAGCUCUGUUUCCGGGAAGAAUCCAGAUGGUACUUAUGAGAUCAACUACAACCGAAGCUCGCUGCCGGCUUACCAUCUUCCUACUCCCCCCGAUCCCACUCAAGCACUGCAAGACAUAGGCCAGACUGUCUCUCCGGACGAGGUGUCCAGGCUCUUGACCACUCUCGAGCGUGGCGACUUCGAAGUGUCAAAACGUGUCUGGGACAAGGUCCUACUGGAAAACAACGACGAUGUUGUGCAUGUCCUCUCCCUAAAGGGACUAUUCCUCUACGUAUCUCCCGCAAGCCGAAGAGUCCUAGAGUACGACCCCAGUGAACUUGUUGGCGUAGGCUUAUCCUCGAUCUGCCACCCCAGUGACAUUGUGCCCGUUACCAGAGAGUUGAAGGACACGCCGGCUGGAGAGCCAGUGAGCGUGGUCUACCGGAUUCGCAGGAAAUUCAGCGGAUACACCUGGUUCGAGGCGCACGGCACUCUUUACAUUGAGCAGGGCAAGGGCAGGAAAUUCAUCAUCCUUGCGGGACGAGAACGACCAGUCUAUGCCCUGGAUCGGACCGAGCUCGCGACGGAUGGCACUUUUGGCGAGAGUGAGCUGUGGUCCAAGAUCUCGACGUCCGGAAUGUUCUUGCAUGUGUCUUCUGCCUCUCGAGCCAUGCUCGACCGACUCCCCGAGGAUCUUGUCGGGACAAGUUUGCAGGCUUUGAUGAGACCCGACUCCAAAAGGGAAUUCCGCCGUUUGCUUGAAGUCGCACGAACAGGCGAGAAAGUGACGUUCAGGCAUGACCUUCAGAAUCGGAGAGGCCAGGUCCUUCACGCACAAACGACAAUCCAUCCCGGUGACGCUCGGCUUGGCUCCAAGCCUACCUUCCUGCUUGCACAGACCCGCCUACUCAAGAUGACGCGUGCUGCACUCUUAAAUCAGCAGAAGACGGCGUCGGCAACAUCAUCAGCGAGAACUGACCGAGCAUCUGCAGGGUCUGGAACCACGACAUCACGUCCGCCAGGCCGAUUGUCGAGCAAUGCCCCGGACGGGUCUACCAGGAACCUUACAGAACAUCCCGGCUCUCUGCAGCCAGGGGGUAAUCUCGCCCUGAGUUUAGGCAACCAAGAUGAGGCGCUGGCCUCGGAAGACAACAUCUUCGACGAGCUGAAAACAACUCGAAGCUCCAGUUGGCAGUUUGAACUUAGACAGAUGGAGCGUCAAAAUCGGCUGUUGAAUGAGGAGCUACAAGCAUUAAUCAGUCGCAAAAAGAAACGCAAGAGGAGAAAGGGACUUGGCCAGGUUGAAAAAGAUUGUGCCAACUGCCACACUCGAAACACACCGGAAUGGAGGCGAGGCCCAAGUGGCAACCGUGAUCUGUGUAACAGCUGUGGUCUGCGGUGGGCCAAACAGAACGGACGAGUAACGCCGCGCAAGCCUUCAAAUCAGAGUGACAAAAGCUCAAAAUCCCCGGCCCAAAUCAGAGCAGCCAACAAGACCGAGACCAAGAAUGGCGAAAUGUCUGAGACAAUUAAUAGUGGCUCGGCCCAGUUGGUAGGGACAGUAUCGGGAACAAUCAGCCAGAAAGAGAAUACGGAUGAUUGGAGAGGUCAGAUGCCAUCAAAGAUCGAGGAAGGCGAAGAACCUCCAUAUCCAAGUAUUCUACCGACAUGAUGGUGAAUUCCUAGGAACCGGAGAUCCAUUUGGACCUGCCCCUAUCUCCAUCCCUGAAGGGAGGCCGCCGGAAUAGUCGAAUCUACGGCUGAGAUUCGUAUCCCGGCGCAAUUACGGAAAAGCGACGUUGACCCCUGCGCCAUCGCAACCCGGGCCUUUCGCCGAGUUGUGGCCACAUCAAGGUCCCCAAUCUGUUAUUCACCCACGGAAUUUCGCUCCUCGGAGAACGCAAUUCCCGUGGACCAGAGAGCGCUCAUAGGAAAGGCUACGAUCUGGUCCGUCUGGUACACGGUCUCGACUAUGUUCACCAAGCUGGGCAGCCAAGACUUAACGCCUUCUGAGAUGCCACCAUCUAAAUGCUACGAAGGAUACCAAAACACGUCUAUGUCACCGUCGGUGGGGAAAUCUCGUCACUAUCACGCCCCCUUCACAUGAAGGAGGAACACUUGCACUGAAUGAGAUGUUACGACCAUGAGUUGGGCUCGGACAGCUACGAAGUUCAUGAUGCUAAGACUUGGGUGUUGGGCGCUGGGCGUUGUAAUAUGGUAUGGCUUCGCUCGCCUUACUUUUGGAUUCGAGAAAGCAUGGCUUCCCGGAACGGGCACAAGGCCAGGCUCUGGCAGGGAUCGACAGCGGCGGGUUUGACCUUUACAGCGAACUCAAAACGCAUUGCCAGGUGUAUCACAUCGGAGUCCGUUGAGCAAGAAAACAAAAAGAGGACCGACGUUAAUGUGACGGGCGAUCCGGAUUGCAAUGCGGCGGCCCUAAAUCGACCUGGCAAGCGGUUCAUCGAGAGCAACGAGGCACGACAAACUCUUUCAUUGUUUCUUCUUGUAAUGCAUGAUACGAUACACGACGUACGCUAUGCUGAUAUGCUGCUAUGCUGCCAUGCUGCCAUGUUACCUAUGUAUGAAUCAUAUAUCACCCCGCCAUCCCUUGUCGUCGAGGCGAAAGGGCCAGCUAGGGACGAAUUUUUAAUUGUUGACCUGAGCGAUAGACAUAGAAAAGGCCACAUUUCAAAAACAGCAAACCC